AUGGAAAGGUUACGUAAUGCAUUGAGUCUCACGGAUAGGGCGUCGCCGCGAAACGACGCGCAGACACAUCGCCCUAAAUCUGCGAAUAGUAUGCUAGGGCUACCGAGUCAAGGACGGGCUCGGCUAACGACGUUAGUCCCAAAUCGUAACCUAAAAGUCCGCUUCGCUACCUUAAAUGUAGGAACAUUAACGGGGAAGACUAAGGAACUUGCCUCUCUUUUCAAGCGCAGAAGGGUAGAUUUUAUAUGUCUACAAGAGCCUCGAUGGACUGGAUCCAAAGCCCAUAAUAUCGGAGAGGGCUACAAACUUAUGUACGUAGGUGCAAAGCAUGGUAGGAAUGGCGUAGCAAUUGCUGUCAAAGAAGAUCAUCUUGAAAACAUCCUGGAGGUCAACCGUAUUAACGACAGACUCAUGUCAAUAAAGGUACUGGUGGAAGGUGAGGUACUAAUAGCUGCAUAUGCUCCCCAAGUGGGUUGUAGCCAAGCAGAGAAAGACAAUUUUUGGACUUCCCUAGAAUACAUUCUUCAAUUAAUAUCUCCUAAAGAAACUACUUUACUGGGAGGUGAUUUAAACGGCCACAUCGGAGAAGCAAACAGCGCUUUCAAAAGGGUGCACGGAGGUAUUCCGGGAGAAUGCGUCGCCCCCCAACACCGUAUUGUUGUAAUGGACGUGCUAUUCAAACGACAUCCCAAGGAAAAACCAACUCAAAUUCCUGAACUCACCAAAUGGUGGAACCUAAAAGGUGAGAAAAUUCCCGAGUUCUGUGAAUGUCUUGCUGAUUUAAAGGUUGAUGUUAAAUCAGAUAUUGACACCAUAUGGGAACAUUUACGUGUUUAUAACUACUGA